AUGUUCCCUCGCACGAGGUCCCUGACGUCCGGCCCCCGCCUGGCGAGGUCACUCUCGACCGCGCGGGGUUCCUUAUCGGGGCUCAAGAUCAACGCGGCUCGGCUCCAGGAGACGAUUCAUGAUACGUGCCAGUGGGGUGCAGCCCAUCGCUACGGCAACGGACCGACGGAAACGGGCAUGGCCCGCCUCGCGCUGUCCGACGACGACGCCCGCGUGAGACGCUGGCUGGCCGAGGAGGUGGCGGGUCUCGGCUGCGAGCUCUCGGUUGACGAGAUGGGCAACAUGUUUGCGAAGAAGAAGGGCGCCCUGGGGUCGCCGGCGCCGAUGACGGCCAUGGGCAGCCACCUCGACACGCAGCCCCGCGGCGGGCGGUACGACGGCAUCCUGGGCGUGCUCGCCGCCGUCGAGGCGAUGCGGACGAUGAAGGACAGCGGCUUCGAGACGCAGUUGGACGUCGGCAUCGUCAACUGGACCAACGAGGAGGGCGCCCGCUUCCCCAAGUCGAUGAUGUCGUCCGGCGUCUGGGCGGGCGAGAUCUCGCGCGAAAAGGCCUGGGGCCUGGCCGACAUCUUCGACCCCUCCGUCACGGUGAAGGCGGAACUGGAGAGGCACGGCUACGUCGGGCCCCUGGCCUGCUCGAGCGACGAAGGCGCGGGCGGCUACCCCCUGGGCGCGCAUUUCGAGUUGCACAUCGAGCAGGGCCCCCUCCUGGAGGAGAGCGGCAAGAGACUCGGCGUCGUGCAGGGCGCGCAGGCGUACCGGUGGUACACCGUCACCGUUACGGGCCGCGACGCGCACACGGGCACGACGCCGCUGAAGUCGCGCAGGGACCCGGUGCUCGCGGCCUCCAAGAUGAUCGCGGUGUCGAACGGCAUCGCCAAGGGGCUCGGCGCGCUGGCGUCGACGGGGGUCAUCAAGAUCCCGGCCAGCUCGUCGACCAACACCAUCGUCUCCGAGGUCGUCUUCACCCUCGACAUCCGACACCCCGAGGACGCGGUCGUCGACGAGGUCCAGCAGCGGUGCCUCGAGGCCUUUGGGAGGAUCGCCGGGGAGGACGGCCGCGGCGUCGAGAUGCGGUGCACGCUCGACACCGACUCGCCCGCGGUCAGGUUUGACGGGGAGUGCAUCCGGGCCGUGGAGGACGCGGCCAACGGCCUCGUCGGACCGGACGGGUGGCUGCCGCUGACGAGCGGCGCCGGGCAUGACAGCGUCUACACGAGCAAGCGGUGUCCGACCACGAUGAUCUUCGUGCCCUGCAAGGACGGCGUGAGCCACCACCCGGAGGAGUACUGCAGCCCGGAGGACUGCGCCACUGGUACCCAAGCCCUGCUCGAAGCUGUCAUCGGGUACGACCGACUGAGAGCAAGCCGGAGCUGA